CAAGUUUAAAUGAGUCAGUGAUAUAACCUCACAAAACUGCGUGUUUUAAAAGUAUUUGAAUGCUUUUUAAGUAUUGCUUUAAACAUUGCAAAUUGAAUGUCUUAAAUUGCAGAAUCAUGUCCGUAUUUACCCAAAAAUUAAAUCCGAUACUAGGGGAGAGCGGAUGGGAAAGUCAAGAUGAGCAUUACGAUUUCCACCAAGAGAUUGCACGCUCUUCCUUCGCGGACAUGCUACACGACACCGAGCGUAAUCAAAAGUAUUACGAGGCCAUCAAGUUGGCUAUCAAUAAAAUGCACUCCUUGGGACGACCGGCCAAAGUCUUGGACAUCGGUACGGGUACAGGACUUUUGUCGAUGAUGGCAGUUAAAUGCGGAGCGGACUCUGUCAUUGCGUGCGAAUCGUUUAGUCCAAUUGCUGAUUGUGCGAAGAAAGUUGUUGCUCUCAACGGUUUCGGCGAUAGAAUUAGAAUUAUAAACAAGCAAAGUGUGGAUUUGACUGUAGGCGAGGGUGGAGAUUUGGUGGAAAAGGCAAAUAUCCUGGUGUCGGAGGUGUUUGACACUGAACUGAUAGGUGAAGGUGCAAUUAUUACUUUUAAUCAUGCCAGACUGAAGUUGCUAGAAGAUGAUUGCAUCGUCGUACCUAGUAGUGCACUGGUGUACGCGCAAGUUGUUGAAACUCAGUGGGCGCAGAAUUGGAAUGGUUUCAAGGAUCUUUACAGUAAUGAUGGGGAGCUUUUAGUGCAGGCUCCUCUCGAUAUAAAAAAUUGUCCAGGUUCUUCUGCGGUGCAUGAUAUACAGCUGAGUCAAUUACCACCAUCCUCCUUUAAGACACUUGUUGCACCACAUCUGGUGGCACGUUUCGAUUGGGAUCAGACAAGCUCAUACACGUAUCUUGGAGAUACACAUGUAAUUCCAGUAAAGGCCAUUUCAGACGGAAUUGCACAAGUUGUGUUCAUGUGGUGGGAGCUUAUUAUGGAUACCAAAGGUGAAGUUAUACUCAGUUGUGCGCCAUACUGGGCGCAUCCGUUACGAAAGUCGAACACUAAUUUGACAAAUUUAUCAAUACCCUGGCGGGAUCAUUGGAUGCAAGCGUUAUACUACUUACCGAAGUGCAAGUCUGUAAGAAGAGAUCAAGAUCUUUCAUUGGUUGCUUGCCGUGAUCAGUUUUCGUGGUGGUUUUAUUUGGAAUCGCAUGCAGAAACUCAAAACAAUUUCGCCAUGCCGCAUUGCGAAUGUGGAUUGCAUACUUCCCACUCUCGCACCAAAAUUGGAAUGAUGAACGAUAAUAUAAGAAAUAAAAAAUAUCUCUCGGUUCUAGAAAAAUUUGUAAAUGCAGACAGUGUCGUUUUGUUUGUGAGUGACGGAUUUUAUUUAGGACUGGCAGCUGCUAAACUUGGUGCGAAAAAGGUGUUCUACUUAAAAGACAAUUAUUUUUCGACAAGUUUACUGGAAAAGUGUAUAAAGGCAAACAAUAUAACUAACUGUGAAAUAUUGCAAAAUUGUGAUUCGCUUAAACCGAAAAAUGUGAACUUUGUAAUGGGACAACCUCAUUUUUUCACCUCAAUUUUACCGUGGGACGGUUUAUUUUUUAGUUACAUGCUACAGAAGUUACGGGGUUCCUUAUCAGACAAUUGCGUUAUUGCACCAAAAUCGGUCUCGAUUAAAGGACUCAUUGUUCAAUUUCAUGAUUUACAAAAGAUCCGUCUUCCACUAGGGCUGGUGGAAGAAUUUAAUAUGAAGCCAUUUGACGAGUUAAUUCUGAGUUCCAGCUCUAAAUGUGAUGAUAAAGUUGAAGCCCAACCCCUGUGGGAGUAUCCAUGUAUUGCACAAAGCGCAGUUAAAGAAUUUGUAAAUUUGAACUUGGAAACUUUAACUGAUGCAAAAACUUAUGACAGUUCAGUCAAGUUUCAAGUUGAAGGAGAUUCAAACUAUAACGGCGUAGCGUUAUGGACGGACUGGGAUUUGGAUGGAACAUCUAAAAAUGUAAUUACUACCGGUCCAAUUAUUUCUCCAGAAGUUGGUCAAUGGAUUCAGUGGGAUAUGCAUACUCGACAAGGAGUUCAUUUCUUGAAGCAAGAUAAGAAGAAAACCAUUACAUCACAAUUUCAUUUUAAUGCCCAAGAGGGAAAAAUAAAUUUUUCUUUUUCGUAAA